GCAGCAUUAUUUAUUUUUAAACCCUCUUUUUUUUUUUUUUUUUUUUUUUUAAUUUAGACACCUCACUGUUUUUACUCUUUUCAGAUCUACAGCGAAGCUUUUAUCAAUUUUUAAUUUUCGUUCAAAUCAAUCAAGAGACUAAAACCCUAAGGAUUCACCUCUUUCGAUUUAGCAAUUGAACUUCAAAUUAUAGCUUAAAAGACCUCGUUUUGUGCGUCUGAAGAUCCGCUUACUGAAUUCGAAGAGUCAGAAAUCGAGAAUGAGAGACGGGAAAUCAGUAAAGUUCAAUGUUCAGCAGCAACAGCAGCAACAAAAUCAACAACAGCAGCAUCAGAACGGUCAUUUCUCUCCUUUUAAAUUCGCCAAAUUGUUAGAUCCCGAGGCUUCGUGGGAUAAGGAUCAAUUGGGAGAUGUAUUGCAUUGGAUUCGACAAGUUGUGGCACUUGUCUGUGGAUUGCUAUGGGGUGCCAUUCCUGUGGUCGGGGGCUUAUGGAUUGUCAUAUUUUUGUUGAUAUCCUCUGGGAUAAUAUAUGGUUAUUAUGCAAUGGUACUAAAGAUUGACGAAGAAGAGUUUGGUGGUCAUGCAGCCCUUCUCCAAGAGGGACUUUUUGCUUCUAUAACUCUGUUUCUGCUGGCCUGGAUUCUAGUAUACAGCUUGGCGCACUUUUGACUUGCUUGGUACAGCUACCCUGCUGCUUCCAAGCGCAUUAAUCUGUUAUAGGAUGCUCCAUUGAUUGCCUUGAAAAUAAUGAGAAAGUUUUGCAGGCCAUCACUAUUUGCUUUAUUAAUUCUGUCUCUCCAACAUUUGGAUUGGUAGUCCAUGGAUGUUAGGUUUUGGAUUAUAGGAAAUAGAUAUUUGAUGUCAAUGUUCCUUCAUAAACAUUCCAACCAAUGUAGCAAUUUGUGGUAAUCCACUCUUGAAGAUAAUUAUACUCAUGUUUUUAUAGUCCCAAAGCAAUUUUUGCGUGCAAGCAAAUUUUGUUGGACUUUUCUGUUUUUGGUGACUGGAUAUUUGUAUAGUUUAGAUUCUUUGUACCCAUGCUUCA